AUUUUAUUUUUAUUUUUUUUCCCUCCUGCCUUUAAGUUUUCUGAGGACAAAAAUCCAUAAAACAAGAAAUAAAAUUGCUCUGGCCUAAUUUAAGAAAUGAGUAGCGUAUUCAGGUUAUAAAUAUGUUCAUAAUGCAGGAAGACAUCUUGCAAGUGUCAUACUUCAUACUUAUAGUCAUUUACAAUUAGAUUUGACACUUGCAGAGGGACAACAAAGGCCCUAUAUAUUUGCUUCACCUAUAUCAUUUCGUUCAUUUAAUGUGAAAUACUGGUUUCAGUCAAGUGAUGUGACUUCAUAUUGCUGCUGGGGCGGUGGGGUAGCCUAGUGUUAAAGCGUUCGCUCGUCACGCCGAAGAUCCGGGUUCGAAUCCCCACAUGGGUACAAUGUGAGAAGCCCAUUUCUGGUGUCCCCCGCGUGAUGUUGCUGGAAUAUUGCUAAAAGCGGCGUAAAACUAAACUCAGUCAGUCAGUCAGUCAUAUUGCUGCUGCUGCUGCUCCAUUAUUUUAUCUCAUCAUAUCCACAGAUUCUUGUAAUCCACAGAUUUUUGUCCUCCAUGAACAUCUGUCAUGUCUACAGACACCUGUUGGACCCACAUACCCACCUGUCAGCCCCACUUACCCAUCUGUCAUAUCCACAGAUACCUAUCAUAUACAAAGACGCAUCUCUUGUCCACAUACACCUUUCAUAUCCAAAGAAACCUGUCAUAUCCUUAGAUUCUUGUUAUGUCUACAGCCACUUGUCAUACCCAAAGGCCCACCGUCAUAUCCUCAGAUACCAAUCAUAUCCACAGACUCUUCUCGUCCAUAGACACCCUUCAUAUCCAAAGACACCUGUCAUGUCCUUAGAUACUUUUUAUGUCUACAGACACUUGUCGUACCCAAAGGCCCACCCAUCAUAUCCACAGACACCUAUCAUAUCCACAGACAUAUCUUGUCCACAGACACCUUUCAUAUCAAAAGACACCUGUCAUAUCCUCAGAUACUUGUUAUGUCUACUGACACCUCUCUUACCCUGUCAGCCCCACUUACCCACCUGUCAGCCCCACUUACCCACCUGUAAGCCCCACUUACCCACCUGUAAGCCCCACUUACCCACCUGUCAGAUCUACGGAUACCUAUCAUAUCCACAUGUCAUAUCCUUAGAUACUUGUCAUGUCUACAUGUCUACACUUUUCAGACCCAAAGGCCUGCCCGUCAUAUCCACAGACUCUUCUCGUCCACAGACACCUUUCAUAUCCAAAGACACUCAUCAUAUCCUUAGAUACUUGUUAUGUCUACAGACAUCUGUUGUACCCAAAGGCCCACCCGUCAUAUCCACAGAUAUCUAUCAUAUCCACAGACACAUCUCUUGUCCACAGACACCUUUCAUAUCCAAAGACACUCGUCAUAUCCUUAGAUACUUGUUAUGUCUACAGACAUCUGUUGUACCCAAAGGCCCACCCGUCAUAUCCACAGAUACCUAUCAUAUCCACAGACACAUCUCUUGUCCACAGACACCUUUCAUAUCCAAAGACACUCAUCAUAUCCUUAGAUACUUGUUAUGUCUACAGACAUCUGUUGUACACAAAGGCCCACCCGUCAUAUCCACAGAUACCUAUCAUAUCCGCAGACACAUCUCUUGUCCACAGACACCUUUCAUAUCCAAAGACACUCAUCAUAUCCUUAGAUACUUGUUAUGUCUACAGACAUCUGUUGUACCCAAAGGCCCAAAGGCUCCAGGUUCCACAUUCCACAGAUCCACGUUCCAGAGGUAUCAUGCUCCACAUAUCUCAGAGCCACAUUCCACGGGUUCCAGGUUCCAUGUCACACCAAACCAUAUUCUACAGAUCCAUGUCUAAAGGUUCCAAGUUGCACAGGUUCCAGGUUCCAGGUCACACCAAACCAUAUUCUACAGAUCCAUGUCUAAAGGUUCCAAGUUGCACAGGUUCCAGGUCACACCAAACCAUAUUCUACAGAUCCAUGUCUAAAGGUUCCAGGUUCCACAUUUCAAAGAACCAUAUUCCACAGAUCCUCAUUCUACAGAACCUGCCUAAAGUUUCCAAGUUGCACAGGGUCCAGGUUCCAUAUCACACGGGGCGGUGGAGUAGCCUAGUGGUUAAAGCGUUCGCUCGUUACGCCGAAGACCCGGUCGAGGCUUCUGGCACAUCGGAAUCUGAGUCUGAACAUUGA